AUGGCCAUGAACAACAUCACUUUCCAGCAAAGAACUGAGAGGUCCUUAAUUCCUGAAAAAUGUAAAGACCCAAGGACAUUUACUGUUCCAUGCAUCAUUAGUAACAAUAGGAAUGAUAAUGCCAUGCUAGAUCUAGGAGCAUCCAUCAAUGUUAUGCCAUUGUCUAUUUUUACUUCACUAUCUCUUGGACCCUUGCAGCCCACAAGUAUGGUUAUCCAGUUGGCCAAUAGAAGCAUAAGAAGGCCAAGUGGAAUUGUGGAGGACGUAAAGUGUCCCUCUGUGGAGCAACUUCCCACACUAGAGCUUAAGCCUUUACCAGAAUGUUUAAAAUAUGCCUAUCUAGAGUCAGGUGAAAAGCUUCCAGUGAUGAUCUCCACCAAACUAGAUGUUGAUUAG